AUGAUACCUAGACCCAUAUCGCCACCCCUUUCACCUCGACCAGCCCUCUCUGACAUAACCUACAGUUUAGGUAAUGGUCAGCCGACACUCAUCGGUACACCUGACGCGAUCAAACCUGUAUCGAGAUCAAUUGAGGCUCGGGUCUCAUCAGGGCAAGAUGUCAUGAUACAAGUGAGUGUCGAGCUUUUUGAAGAAUCCAUCGCAUCAGAAUAUCCCAACGAGAAGCGAUUCGGUUUAGAAGGUUGUGAAUCUUUGGUUCCCGGUAUGAAAGCACUCAUUGAUUGA